AUGGAGAAUUACCAGAAGUUAGAAAAGGUUGGCGAGGGUGAGUUCGUGACACGCACCCGCGACUGGCGCCACAGUAUCAACUGCGAGGCGUUGCAGGAACAGGUGCCCAUCAUGGUCAGGCAUGAUAGACUGACGCGACCAGGCACGUAUGGCGUUGUAUACAAGGCGCGUGACCUUGCCAAUAGUGGCCGCAUAGUAGCCCUUAAAAAGAUUCGCCUCGAAGCCGAAGACGAAGGUGUCCCUAGCACUGCCAUCCGAGAAAUCUCCCUGCUCAAGGAACUGAGAGACCCCAACAUUGUCCGCCUGUUCAACAUUGUCCACUCGGACGGCCACAAGCUCUACCUUGUCUUUGAGUUUGUGGAUCUAGAUCUGAAGAGAUACAUGGAGGCGCUGCCCGUCAGCGACGGUGGCCGUGGCAAGGCUCUUCCUGAGGGGUCGUCGGCGACCAUUAUGCGACUCGGCCUUGGCCAAGGCGUUGUCCGGAAGUUCAUGAUGCAGCUGUGCGAGGGCAUCAAGUACUGCCAUUCCCGACGAGUCCUCCACCGCGAUUUGAAGCCCCAAAACUUGCUCAUCGACAAGGAGGGUAACUUGAAGCUGGCCGACUUUGGCCUUGCCCGCGCCUUUGGGGUGCCCUUGCGGACGUACACCCAUGAAGUGGUGACGUUGUGGUAUCGAGCUCCGGAGAUUUUGCUCGGCGGACGACAAACCCUUGGUACCCCAGACGACGAAGUUUGGCCCGGCGUCACUUCAUACCCCGAUUUCAAAUCAUCGUUCCCUAAGUGGAAGAGAGACUAUAGGCAAUCCCUCUGCCAGAACCUGGACCCAAAGGGCCUAGAGCUCCUCGAAAUGAUGCUACUAUAUGACCCGGCCGGCCGCAUCUCGGCCAAGCAGGCCAGCAACCACCCCUAUUUCGAAGACUACCUGGUCGCACAGCAGGAAGAAGCUGGGCGCAUGAAUGGCUACUAUAGCUAG